AUGUCUCCCGUUGCGUCGCUGGACCCGCGCGUGCGCGGCAUCAUCGAUGCCGCCGCCGACGACGGCAUACCCUUCCGGGCGAAGACGGCGCACUUCCACACCACGUGGGCGCGCACCUUUGCCUCGAUGCCGGAGCUCUACAUCCUUCCCGAGUCGCAGGAGGAGGUUGAGAAGGCCGUCCGGCUCGCCCGCCGGUGUCGGCGGCGCCUCACCACCGUCGGCCACGCCCAUUCGCCUUCGGACUUGACGUGCACGAGUAACUGGCUGGUCAGCCUCGACGGGUUCAAGAAGGUCUUGUCUGUCGACAAAGAGACCGGACUGGUUGUCAUGCAGGCCGGCAUCCGCCUCUGGCAGCUGACAGAGGAGCUGAACAAGCAUGGCCUCUCGUUCCCUGUGCUGGGAAGUGUCAAUGAACAGACCAUCGCGGGCGUCAUCAGCACGGGCACUAGGGGCAGCACCUUGAAGUACGGUCUGCUCUCCGAGUCCAUCGCAUCCCUCAAGAUCGUUCUGGCCAAUGGCGAGACGGUGUCAUGUUCCCCUACUGAGAACACUGAUCUCUUCCGCGGCGCCUUGCUGUCGCUCGGCGCCCUCGGCAUCAUCACCGAAGUCAGCUUCCGGGCCGUGCCGGCGUUCAGCCUGAAGUGGCAGCAGACCAUCCAGGCGGAGAGCAUCAUGCUCGAUUCCUGGAAGCAGAACAACAAACUGUGGACCCAGUCCGACUUUGUUCGCGUGUGGUGGCUGCCGUACACCAGACGAGCCGUGGUCUGGAGGGCCGACAUCGUUACCAAGGAGGACCUCGAGUCUGGCAGGGAGAAGAACCGAGAUCCGCCAGUCGGCUACUACGACGGGGCCCUCGGCUAUCACAUAUACCACAACCUACUUUACCUAUCACGUUUCAUUCCACGCAUUCUCCCCUGGGUCGAAUGGUUCGUGUUCGGCAUGCAGUACGGUUUCAACGACGGAUACACGUCGGGGGCCGUGCAGCCCAUGGACAAGGCCCUCUGGAUGAACUGCCUGUACAGCCAGUACGUGAACGAGUGGGCGAUCCCGCUCCACCGGGGUCCCGAGGCCCUGAUGCGCCUCGGGUCCUGGCUCAACAGGCUGCAGCCGGGCGACCCCGACUAUGUCGAUCACGGCAUCCCCUAUUCGGCCGAGGGCCUCUACGUCCACUCUCCCGUCGAGGUGCGCGUCUGCGACGCGACCGUCAACACCAGCGCCGAGAAGGGCAACCGGCCGUUCCUCGACAGCACGAUCAAGGACGGCCCGACGCUGAACCUCAACGCCACCAUGUACCGCCCUUACGACCUCGACCCCCCCGGCCUGCGGCGCUGGUUUGAGGGCUUCGAGUGGCUGAUGCGCGACCUGGGCGGCAAGCCGCACUGGGCCAAGAACUUUGAUGUCAAGAACGAGGAGUUUGCUCAGUGGUACGGGGACGACAUGGUGCAGUGGCGCCGGGUCCGCGACGAGGUCGAUCCCGACGGCCUCUUCGUCGGGCCCUGGCACCGCCAGUUUGUCCUGGACCCCGCCACUCCCCGCCUCCCAUUCGAGGAGGUCGAGAAGACGAGGCACGACGCCGGCAAGGGGGUCACUGUGUACGGCGCCCGUGCGGCACUUGAUGAUAUUGAGACGGCCGAGAAGGCGUGA